GGCGCUGCUGCUAGUGUGUGUUGUGUUGGUGCGCCGUGGACCUGUCUGACCGUGGUCGUGGUCGCGGUUAACAUUCUUUACGUUGCGGUCGUCGGCACCGGAGCUGCUGGUGCGGCGUUUUGAAGUUUCGAUCUAAUCGAAGAAGCCCGUUUGCUUUUAAAGCCAUACAGGGGAAGCAAUGUGUGCAGUGUAACCGCGCUUUGGUGAUAGAGCCCUAAUGGGGGAAAAACGCGGCCCCAUACACGGCCCCGUUCCAUAUGGUGCAACAGUGUGACCGAUGCAGUUGCACCGGUAGUUUAACGGGGUCAUCCUGACCUGCCGCUUCUCCAAGGUGGAUUACCUUCCGCCAGUGUUGGUGCGUACGUACACGCCGGAAGUGUGAGCACUUGUCACGCACAGUGCAUCGUCAGUGACACAUCACAAGAACGAGAAAGGGAACGACGACAUUCUACUAACAACAGCCACCGUGCAAGAGAGCUAAACGGGUUGUUCUGUAAACAAGGGUGUCGCUCUCUCACUCCCUCUAUAAUGAUAACACGAUAUGCGUAUGCUCGAUAGGCGCAGUUCGCAUCGUUCGCGUAGUUGCAAUCAAACAGUUGAAGUGUGCAAACAACAUUCAUCCCCUUUGCGUACAGCAGAAGACAUUGCCGUUAAUUAACCGUGAACACACAUACACACACAAGUGCCGAGGUUAAACGAUCGUUAGUUAAAGAAGAUCGCACUGAUAACUGAAGUAUGUGAAGAGCGCUCUCAGUUUUGGGUGUAAAGUGCAACUCCACGUGGUUACGAUAAUGGCGGCGCAGGCGUGUCCCACGCCUAAUUCAUCCAGCGCACAUGUCAAAGGCCCAUCUGCACCGUUCGGCAGUUCCCGCUCCUCGACACGCUUUUUGCCCGUUACGUUUGAAAAUGAUGAGCCCAGAUACAACUCCACCAUCAGCAACCAUCAGCAACACUUCUACACCCUCCGGCAGCAAUGCCUAUCCGAGGGCCGUCUCUUCGAAGAUCCCGACUUUCCCGCAACGGACGCCUCGAUCGGUAUGCCCAAAUUCACCAACGUGCGCUGGAAACGCCCGAAAGAGCUUACCCCAACCGCCCGGUUCUUCAUCGACGGUGCCUCCCGGCUGGACAUCUGCCAGGGCGCACUGAACGACUGCUGGCUGCUAACGGCCGCCACCAAUCUGACCUCCCAUCCGUGGCUGUUUCGGCGCGUACUGCCGGGCGAUAAUAGUUUCCAGGAGGAGCAGCAGUACGCCGGUGUGUUUCACUUUCGCUUCUGGGAGUUUGGCCAGUGGGUGGAGGUGGUGAUUGACGAUCGGCUGCCGACGGACGCCACGGGGAAGUUGCUGUUUGGCAGGUCGGCUAACGGGGACGAGUACUGGAGUGCGCUGCUGGAGAAAGCGUACGCAAAGUUUUACGGUUCGUACGGUGCGCUUGACGGUGGUACGGCGCGGGAAGCAAUGCAGGACCUGACCGGGGGUCUGACGGAGUUUUAUCAACCAAAAAAGAUGACCGACGGGCAGGAGGACCAGCUGUGGGAUAUCUUGCGCAGUGGGUCCGAGAUGGGGUCACUGUUUGCCUGCAACUUGAAGAGUGAUCCAACGGGUGAGAACGUUGCCACCAAGGAAGGUCUUUUGCGGGGCCAUUCCUACUCCAUCACUAAGGUGUGCAGCAUUCCCGGCUUAGUGAGCGGUAGCGAUGACAUCCGUUUGCUUCGCAUCCGCAACCCGUGGGGCACCGGAAUCGAGUGGAAUGGCCGCUGGAGCGACAAAUCCCGGGAGUGGAAGUCCCUCAACCAGGCGGAAAGAAAGCGCGUAGGGCUGACGGUUGAAAACGAUGGCGAGUUUUGGAUCGAACUGGUCGACUUUAUGAAACACUUUGACCGGCUGGAGGUUUGCCAUCUCUCACCAGAACUGCACAGCAUUGAGGAAGAUGGUGCUGGGGAUCGAUCAUCCUCUACCCGUCGCUAUCGCUGGGAGUUAAGUGCACUGGACGGUCAGUGGAUCCGGGACACGACGGCCGGAGGGAACAUCUCCUUCCUGGACACAUUCCCGCUGAAUCCCCAGUACACGAUCCACGUGCAGGAUGGUACAACGGGUUCCGGUGUGGUGAUUGCACUGAUGCAAAAGUAUCGCCGGGCCGAUUCCCUUCCAAGCCUCACGAUCGGGUUCACCGUGUACAGGGUGACGGUGGAGGAUCUGCGCCAAAAGCCCGUCCCGAGGGAGUUCUUCCAGCACCACGAUCACGCGAUCGUUGGUGGAUCGAUUUUUAUCAAUGCGCGUGAAAUCAGUUGCCGAUUAACGCUGGACGCUGGCCUGUAUCUCGUCAUUCCUUCAACGUUCGAGCCAGGGGAGGAAGGUGACUAUCUGCUCCGGAUCUUUACCGCCCGUGGGAACACACUGUGUGAGAACGAUGCAACGCUUUGCUUCGGCACGCUGGACGAUCGUAUCACCGAGCAGGGGAAGUUCUUCGACACACCACGGUGGGCACUGCUCGCGAAUGCAUUCUACAAUCGUGCAGAGGGAGACAAGCAACUGCUCAACACAGCCAGUCUGUGUGACAUUCUGUGGGAACAGUUUUUCCGCCCGAACGUUCCGAAGCGACCACAACCGAAACAGCAGCCGAGCGGUGGUUCUUCUCCGUGGAGAAAGUUCUACUCCUAUGUGCUGCAGCUUUGUGCGUGCUUUUGGAUACAAUCAGCAGUAAGGAAGAGUCGUCGAACCGGGGAGCCGAUCGUACAGGAAGAUCAAGCCCAUCGGGAGGAGCUGGAGCGGAUUGUGAAGCUUCUGAUGGGGCGCAUUGCCGAUGGGCAGGAUACGAUCGGGUACGAACAGUUCCGUACGAUCGCACGGGAUGUGUAUCAGUGGGAGUCGGUGUUCCGGCUGUACGAUAUGGAUGGCAGUGGCACGUUGGAUCGGCGUGAGCUGCGCCAUGCGCUACGAUCUUCCGGCUUUAACACGAACAAUCGCAUCCUGUGCCGGUUGCAGCGAUUGAUGGUGGAGCUGAACCGACCGCAGAUUGAGCUGAUCGAGUAUGUGCUGUGUGCGGCCGAGUGUCGUCAUGCGAUAGAUGUCAUACACCGGGACGCCGCUUGAGGAAGAUCAACCGUGGAUGCCAACGAUGCCAUAACAUGCGCACAAACAUGACUUUAAUCCGUACGCUCCUUUCCGUAUCUCUUUACCGUAUCUUCAUCGAAUAAACCGCUUCUGUAGAGCUUAUUUCAAUUCAGCAAAA